CCCCUGCGCUGGUUUCUUGGCUGUAGCGGAAGAAAAACCUACGUAGUUCUGCAACAUCCUCCCAUUUAUCCGGUCACAAGAAGGAGAAUCAGGCGAUGGAAUAUGGAGUGUAUUCCUGUACCUAUUGAUGAACUUGAGGGCAAGAAAGACCCAGUCAUUGAAGACCCAGAACACAAUGUGUACACCCGGUUUAUGAAGUCUCACCGUUGUUAUGACCUUGUACCUACUAGCUCCAAAUUAGUUGUUUUUGACACCUCACUUCAGGUGAAGAAGGCUUUCUUUGCUCUUGUUUCUAAUGGGGUAAGAGCAGCACCACUGUGGGACAGUAAAACGCAGUGCUUUGUUGGUAUGCUAACCAUCACAGACUUCAUUAACAUUCUUCAUCGCUAUUACAAGUCUCCUUUGGUUCAGAUAUACGAGUUGGAGGAACACAAAAUUGAAACAUGGCGAGAAGUAUAUCUUCAAGACUCUUUCAAGCCCUUGGUUUGCAUAUCUCCCAAUGCAAGUUUGUACGAUGCGGUGUCAUCUCUGCUGAAGAACAAGAUCCACAGAUUGCCUGUGAUUGACCCCCUAACAGGGAACACACUAUAUAUUCUCACACACAAGAGGAUUCUCAAGUUCCUGAAGCUCUUUAUAUCAGAGAUGCCGAAACCCUCGUUUUUGAGUAAGACUUUAGAGGAACUCAAUAUCGGGACAUUCCAAAACAUAGCCAUGGUCCGCGCAGACACACCUCUGUACACGGCGCUGGGCAUUUUUGUUGAGCAGCGAGUGUCUGCGCUUCCUGUUGUGGAUGAUAAAGGUCGAGUGGUGGACAUUUACUCAAAAUUUGAUGUUAUUAAUCUGGCAGCAGAGAAGACAUACAACAACCUGGAUAUCACGGUGACCAAAGCCUUGCAGCACCGCUCUCAGUACUUUGAGGGAGUACUGACCUGCAACAGGCAUGAGUCCUUGGAGGCCAUUAUCAACAGACUGGUAGAGGCUGAGGUGCACAGACUGGUGGUGGUGGACGAGCAGGAUGUUGUUAAAGGAAUUGUCUCCCUUUCAGAUAUCCUCCAGGCACUAGUGCUUACAGAUAGAGAGGACUGCACAGUUUAAGAAGUUAACAAUGAAAGGCCACAUUAAAAAAAAAAAAAAUCAUGACACAAGAGUAAAGGGUGAAGAAACACACGAGAAGGGAAUAAUGAGAGCACAAUGAGGUGUCUUCCAUCUUCUAUAACAUCUGCAUAUCAAAGCUUUCUUUCUCUGAAAAUAAGUAGUUUAUCACCUUUUUAUUAAUACAGUAAUUCAAAAUUGUGGUCGAACAGGACAUGCAGAAAUGUCGCUAAAUCUAUUUGACUGGGAGAGACGUAAAAACACACAAAACUUCUGAAGAGGAGUUGUGACCACUCAGGAUAAUCCAGCACCAAAGCCACCUUUGUUGUUGAUUUUUCAUACUUGAUUACAGAUAUGUUCCCAAUAAUAUCAAACCAAACAGCUUCUGUAGGAAAAUUGAUUUCCUUUUAUUGCCUUAUGUAGGAAACUUGACUUUUGUUUAAAGGCUGAAAUCUACAGUUACACUGAGCCUGUCUAAGAGUAAUAUCAAAUAUGAAGUCUGACAUUGAUGACCCCUUGCACCUCGCAUUAAAAUGCAUCCUGAGAAACCCAGUCACAAGUGGCAAACGCUCGGAAUGCGUGUUCACACUGGAAAGUAAAACGUGUACCCAAGUGAAUCCUGAGUGAUCAUAUCUGAACUUCCUGCUCUGUAUCCAAGUAAACACACAUGCCAUUUUCAUGUGUAAACACAAAGGCAGCGACUGGAAAUGACUAGGUGUAACUCAAAAUAACAAGACAAAGAUGAUCUUUCACAAGCUUUUUUUCCUCCAAAACUUUAUUUGACAAAACAUCUAUACAAUAGGUAAAUCCUGAUGUAUGCAAUUCAUGGAAAGAUCGGCGGCCGACACAGAACAAAUUGGAUGACAAAAAGCUUUAUUGAGAUCAUUUGCCAUCAAAGUCUAAUGAGGCGCAAUGGUAGUUUAUAUGCUGGUUCCUGAAUUCAUCCCAGGAUGCUUUCAUGUUCAGACGACCACAAUCCUGAGUAAUCUGAACUGGAUCUGUCCUGGAAUGUGUUCAGACCUUGUGAUCAGAUCUCCCGGGGCCCAUUUUAACGCAAGGUCUGAACGGGGUCGAUGAGUGAUGUUCUAGCACUUCAGACAUGCAACUGAGGCUUCAUCUGUAAACAUUUCAAUGUUAGUAUGUUAUCUGCCUUAGAGUAUUAUUUUAUUCUCUGUUCAAUUAAUUUGUUUCUUUAAUUGCUGUUGUAGGAUUGACCUAUCUUUAAUUCAGUUUGCAAAGACAUUGAUUACUGAUUCAAGUGCUUAUGAAUUAUUUAACAUUGAUUUGUAUUUUAAAAUAAGGACUCCGAAAAUUAGAAAAUAUUUGCUUGUAGUCAAAUUUAUUUAAAAAAGUCUGGAUUUUUGCUGGUUGCAGUUUCCAAAGCGGUUUUCCAAAAUACAAACGAAGGAAGUUUUUGCAUUUCAUAAUUGUUACUUGAAUUUAGUAAAUUAAUCAGCUGCAACCACAGCGCACAGAAACAAAGAACACUUUUAAAGCCCUCACAAUAUCUGCAUUUAUUAAUCUUUUAAUAGGGUCAGCCAUUAACUGUUGUAUUCUGUUUUGAAUGCCCAGCUCUGGGUAUUUAUGGGCUUUACAUUUUGUCACUUUGUGUUACUUUUUUUUUGUCACAAAUAUUUACUUGUGUAAUGGAUUGUAUCGUUUUUCUUAGAUAUAUUUUUCUGUGCCUGUUUUGUGGUCUUUGGGUUUAGGUAUUUUAUCAUCAAAGGGAUUCACCUUUUUCUUCAGACCUGCAAAAUCUCAUUUGUUUUUGGAAAACUGACCCAUCCGUUUAUUGUCAGAUUAACAAUUUAUCUGAUAGAUGUUUGUGGUGUGUUAUGUUUUCAUUACAGUCGGUGAUUACAGAACAUCAGCUAAAGUUUUAUUUAUUAUUUGCCGUUUUCUGUUUAAAGAAAUUACUCACUAAAAACCAGCAUUUCCUUUUAAUUUUUUUUUAACCAAUAAGUAAGGAAAAUGUAAUGUAAUGUUUUGGUAUAUGUGAAAUGGAAUGUGUACAACUGUAUGUCAAUGCACAAUUUUGUACUUCUGUGCAUCAUCAUCAUAAUUUAAACAGUAAGCAAUAAAGGUUAUUAAACAGUG